UAUUUUCAGGACAUGGGAUUGGAUUAUAGCUACACGCAGCCGUCUGAUUCAGAGGAUUAUGGUUUAGGGAACACAGCAGUCAGUGGCCACAGCUCCACAGAAAUGAAUAUACUCCUGGACCAAGCAGAGAUCGAAGCCACGCGGGUUCAGUACCCUCCGCAGCCGGAGGUUGAGUUCGGCUUCCCCAAGGAAUGUUACUAUGGUCGCGAACCGGUUAUUAGGACAUCUGUCUCAAGAACUGAUCCUGGGAGAAGGUUCUACACCUCUGAGAACAUCGACGAUGGAGACUGCCAUGUAUACAAGUGGUGGGAUGUAGCGGCUACAGAGGAGAUCAAAGCAAUAGGUACACAGUAUGCUCUGCUUUCGGAUAAGGUGGACUAUAUUGCGGCUGUUAGUGACUACGAGUCAGAACUAAACCAGGUAAAAGAUCUCCAUCAUGAGACUGAACUGAAGUUGGUUGUGCUUGAGAAGACUCUCGCUGAGUUAUCAAAGAAAAUUUCUCCGUUUGGUAAUCGGUUUGAAGUCGUACUAGGUGGUCUGGUUCUUGUAGUAAUGGUAAUGGCUGUGUUUGUAAUGUUUAAGUAGGUUUGAACUAAGAGGAGAGUGAACUAAGUAGCUUGGUGUUUUGGAUAAGUGGUGUUUCGUACGACGUAUAAAUUGAUCAUGUAUUUUGGAUAAUGUAUUUGUUGCAAUGAACAAGGAGACUUAUAAAUUGA